GUGUUUAUAUGUUAAUAAAUUUUUUUUCAUUUACACAAUAUCAAUCAAAACUAUUUUUAAAAAAAAUAAUAAAAAGUAUAAUACACAGGAAUAAAUUUAGAUAAAUAAUUUGUAAUAUUUAGUUCAACUAUUUUUAUUUUCAACCAAACUAUAUAAUAUAAUUAAGAAAGAAAAUGGCAACACCAGGUGCACCAGCUUCAAAUAAAUCAGCAGCUUACGAUUAUUUAAUUAAAUUACUUUUAAUUGGUGAUUCAGGUGUUGGUAAAUCAUGUUUAUUAUUACGUUUCUCUGAAGAUUCAUUCACACCAAGUUUCAUUACUACUAUUGGUAUUGAUUUCAAAAUUCGUACAAUUGAAUUAGAAGGCAAAAGAAUUAAAUUACAAAUCUGGGAUACAGCUGGUCAAGAACGUUUCAGAACCAUCACCACUGCUUACUAUCGUGGUGCUAUGGGUAUCCUUUUAGUAUAUGAUGUUACCGAUGAAAAAUCAUUUGGCAAUAUUAGAAACUGGAUUAGAAAUAUUGAACAACAUGCUACAGAUUCAGUUAAUAAAAUGUUAAUUGGAAACAAAUGCGAUAUGGCAGAAAAGAAGGUAGUUGAUAGUGCAAGAGGUAAAUCUCUCGCUGAUGAAUAUGGUAUUAAAUUUUUAGAAACCUCUGCUAAAAACAGUAUAAAUGUAGAGGAAGCUUUCAUCAGUUUAGCUAAAGAUAUCAAAAAGCGUAUGAUAGAUACACCAAACGAACCACCACAAUUACACAGCAAACCAGAUCUUACCCAAAACCCUAAUAAUAAAAAAAGGGGAUGUUGUUAGAUUUUUUAAUACUUUCUUAUAUUAUAAAACCUCAAGUUAAUUUAAUUUAUAUACAACAAUAAUAAAUAAUAAUAAAUGAUAAUAAUAAUAAUGAUGUAAUUCUGGAGCCAAUUUUUUUUUUUAAAAAAAAAAAAUAAUUUAAAAAAAAUAACAAAAAAAAAAAAAAAAAAAAACCAAAAAACAAC